GGACCCCGCGGCGCCCUCCGGGCGGCUCCGCUGCAGUGACUCGCUCGGGCGUGGUAGAUCCCGCAGCGGACCCGACGGAGAGCCGCCCGCAGCAGAAGCGACCCCGCAGCAGCCUCGGCCACAAGAGAAAACACUUCUGAAAAUGUUCCUUGUCAAAAACUUCCUUGGCGGAGGAGGAGGUGGCGGCGGCGGCGGAGGGGGCAACAUCAAGAUCGGGGGAGCGAACAUCAACAUUGGCAAUGUCAUCGGAGGGUUUUUAGGUGGUGGAGGGGGGAGUGGAGGCGGUGGAGGCGGCGGCGGAGGAGGAGGAGGCGGAGCCAUGGGGAUCCUGGGAGGAGUCAUCAGCGCCAUCAGUGAAGCAGCCGCGCAGUACAACCCAGAACCACCGCCUCCUCGCAGCCACUUUUCCAACAUCGAAGCCAACGAAAGCGAAGAACAGCGGCAGUUCCGGAAGCUCUUUGUGCAGCUGGCGGGAGACGACAUGGAAGUCAGCGCCACGGAACUCAUGAACAUCCUCAACAAAGUGGUGACCCGGCAUCCGGACUUGAAGACGGACGGCUUUGGGAUUGACACUUGUCGCAGCAUGGUGGCCGUCAUGGACAGCGACACAACCGGAAAACUGGGCUUUGAGGAAUUCAAGUACCUGUGGAACAACGUCAAGAAGUGGCAGUGCAUCUACAAGCAAUUUGAUACCGAUCGAUCUGGAACCAUCGGCAGCAGCGAACUCCCAGGAGCCUUUGAGGCAGCAGGCUUCCGGCUGAAUGAGCAGCUGUACAGCAUGAUCGUGCGCAGAUACUCGGAUGAGAACGGGAACAUGGACUUUGACAACUUCAUCAGCUGUUUGGUGCGGCUGGACGCCAUGUUUCGUGCCUUCAAAUCUCUGGACAGGGAUGGAAGCGGGCAGAUUCGUGUGACCUUAAAGGAGUGGCUGCAGCUCACCAUGUAUUCGUAAGGCCGGCCCGCCUGUGGGAUCGCGCUCCCCACCCUCCGACAUCACCGAGCCUAUUCCGGACUGUUUUUAGAACUUCCAUGCCACAUCUGCCCAGCAGUCCUCCCUGCGACGCGGGACAGUCUCUAAUAAAUCCCUUUCUUUUCUUUUUCCAGUUUCUCUUCCACUCCCUUUGCUAAAGCAAAACAACAACAGGGGGCCCCUUUUACUAUGUUUGUUUUAUUUUGCAUUUUUAACCUCCAUUAGAAAAGCAACUGCUAAUACAGAUUUACGUUAACUGUUUUGUUUACUAACAGCGGAUGGGUGUCUUUUUGAAAGAAGCCUCCAGUUUGCAGUGAUAUUUGCUUUUCCUUUCCCCAGGCUGGCCCGUGCAGAUUCUAUAAUUCACUAUAGUUUCGCGAUGGAACAAUUGCCUUCAUUUCAGGAACUGGACAGCUGAGAGGGCCUGAAUAUGAAAUUCUUACCCCUAGCAAAGCCACAGCUCUCCUUGGGGGACCUGUGUCUGGGCUGGUGGCAAGAUUGCAACAGCGGUUGCGCGUGUUCUGUGUGCGAAUUCUGCACUGUGGCUGGAGUUUGCCCCCACUAAUCCUUGAGAACCAUGCAGGAAUAAAAAAUCCAUCGCUUCCUGUUGUCUGCCAUUUUAACUCCAUUUGUUAUGGGCAAGUUAGGUCAGGAGUGUUGUGAUGGGAGUCGGACUAGACUGACGUGAAGGCAACAGCACGCACCCCACAAAUGAAGGAAAUCGGGCCCCCCCAUUUAUAAACCGGGGAGUGAUCCCCUGUAGCACUUUGCAUGGAUGCAAUUUCAAAAGCAAUAGGUCAGUAGCAGCCAAAGUCCACCCAAAACUAUUUAAGGAACGCCAGUUAUAGAGGCUUGUAGUUUAUUAAAAAAUAUUUUUAAAAAAUCAAGAAGCAGCUGGUAUGAUUCUGCCCAAGGGCAACUGUGAAAUGUUUGCUUUGUGCAACCACAGUCUUCCUGGCAGUUUAAAAACAAUGUAUCUUUUUAUUUUAUUUUUGCAAAUUGCAUGGAGGCUAGGCUGCCAUGCAGACUCUCCCCCCCUAAGCUCUAUACUCGCAAUACAUAUGCAAUUUCUAUGCAUGCAUUUUGAAGGAAUAAAAGAGUAGAAAGACAACUGGUUCUCUCUCUCUAUAUAUAUACAGUAUAUUGUGCCUUGAAUGAUAAGUAUUCCUAGAACAGAUUUCCUUGAACAUGUUGCUCUAUCACCCUCUAGUGGCCCUACUUGGUAUUACAGUAGAGUUUUCCCAACUUGGGAGUCCAGAAAACUGGUGAAAGAGUUUUGUUUGGUGCCUUCCCAUUUUUAACCUGGAGAGAAUUUCCCCCCCCCCAGUAUCUGCCUCUAGUGCUGAAUUUCGGAACGUGGUUCUUUGAAAUCAAACAGUUCUCAAGUCCGGAUUUUUCAGAUACCAGCCCUGGAGGGAUGUCCAAAUAAAAAUAUUUUUUAACGCCUGCCCACUCCAACAUCCUGUUUUGAUGUACCCCGCUUAGAAUGGGUGAUCACGAGGAGAGUUUUGUCCUGCAUUGGAUUAUCAUUAUUUUUUGUAAAUUUGUCUAAUUUUGAAAAUUCGAGCAGCUGUAGGAAAAGGAUCACCCGCUGUCUGUUCCACUGGGACCUGGCGAAAGAGCUGUUCCAGCCAGAUGAAGAGAAUGUGUGCCUUUGAUUUUUAUUUUUUAACAAAGAUAUCCAAGACAGGGAGGGGGAGGGUUGCCUUUCUGUCGGGUUGCAGAGAGAAACCCUUGCCUCAAAAAUUUGCCAGUUGCCUGUGCCUCUUCCUCUCCCAACACUCCCUCUGUUUUCUAAACGCAAGAAUAAAAGUUGUGCAAUGAGAA